GGAUCAGGAGACUGCCUCUUCUCGACAGGUGGAGAUGCGAAGCCAGUGCACACAGCUUCAGGAGGCAGAAAAGAUCAUUCUAUUCUUUAUUUUGUAAAGCGUUCGCUCUCCCUCGGUGAAUGAACGAAAACGCAGCAAAUGGCCGGCAUUGAUCGAAAUAGGUCGUGUAGCUGCUGGAUUAAAGCUCGCACAAAGCAAAUGCAAGGGUGGCACUGAGAUCAUGAUUGAUCACGAUGGUGGUGAAAGCCAAGGUCUUCUUCUUCAUACUUCACUUAGCGCCCCUUUUCACUUUCUCUAUUUUCGGCAGGGCAUUCUAUUCCUAUUGAUUUGUUGUGCCGGUGGAACGUAUAUGUGUGUGUAGUGUGAGUGUCUUUCUAGUUGGUCCUUGAGAAACAGCCGUUCAUUUUCAUCACACCACGGCUCCUGUCUUUGUUGAUCAGAUUCUCCUGCAAAUAAACAGUAUAGAAACAUCACAAAAAUGGAAACCCCGCCGACCGGAACGACCCGUGUCGCCACAGACUAUCGACCGAAAAAGGAAUGUAUGUAUUCAAGCGAAUGAAGAGCGCGUCAUUGCUUUGCAUUUCCAAUUCAAUACUCCAGCUACAAGUACAACUUGUACGUAUUUUUCUGUAAAGAUCAGAGAGAAUAAUAUGCAUUUGCUUUGUUGGGUACCAAACAAAGUGUAUGUGAUUUUUCGUAUCCUUAUCCUGAUGUAUGUCAUUUUUUUUUGUGUCGAUACCAGCACCACUGCCCCUUCCCGGACCACAUUGAAUGCAAACACGACGAAACAUGAUGCAGAUGCUGGAGAACCAGAUUCAUCUAGCACGCUUUCGAAAUCAGGAACUUGCAGCAGUUUGGCAGCAGCGGAUAAGAUCCACCGAUGUGACCAGAGACAACCAGAAAUCCACUUCUGGCAUUCUUUAUCCCAUCGAAAUUCAAUUUUUGCACGCUCAUUGCUGGUAUUCAUCUUCACCACCACAGAGCUGAAACACUGAGCAGCUCGUCUUCUAUUUGCAUGACGCAGCUGAUAUGCUUUAAGAAGGGCUCCGAGACAGAGGAGGCCGUGGGAAAGCAGCUGAAGAAACAGAUGAAUAUCGAUUUAGUCAGCACUGUGACGCUGGUACUAGGUAAUUCAGCCGCUUUUUGUAAAACUAGCAGUAAUUAUGAAAUUGAAAAUGAAACGAAGUUGCAAGACCAUCAGACACGAUUCUUUCCAGCGUUUGUGCAGGCAUCGCUAUGCUUUACCUUUGCAUUUACACCCUUUCAGCAAAAUAGUACCUAUGUAUCUUCCCAUGGUUGUCAGUGUUUCUAUGUGAAGCAUUUCGAAAGCAUGCGUAUGCCAUCCGCGUUUUGCAAUUUUUUACUUCGUUUUUGUUUUCUGUUGCGAACCACCAGCGAUAGCUGUAAUUUUGAAUUUUGUUGGGAUUUUCCGGAACGGAUACGAAAAUGGACAACUACUCCUCGCCCUUUUCAUCUACUUCCUCAUUUGAAGAGCAUCCCUAGCGACAGAAUCGACCAGAAGAAAAAGAAUGCGGCUUCUGCAUGACGAACACAUCACGAACUCUAUUGAGACUGGACCGUGAGAGAUGUUUGCGUAGAUAACAAGGCUAACGAGUUAAACAGAGCAAUAAAUCAGGAGGGGGAGAAGUAGAUGUCCACUGUCAUAACGAAGACAGCUGUUGUCUUGCAUCAGCACGGCGCGGGUACCAAACAGUUUGUCGGCGACACCUCCUCGGUGCUGUGGCCCGUGGCGCGCCACCUUUGCAACUACCUAUGUGACCGGGUAAAGAUCCUGCGCCAGGAGCAAUGCGAAGAGCAGCUGAACGUGAACGGUGAUGAAGGUGGCUCUUGCCAUGCUGAUCGGCUUGUGGAUGGGGUGAAAAUUCCUGCCCUGAGAAAGAUGGUGGCUGGGAGCAGCAGCGAAGAAGACCACGUAAAGCUAAAGCAGGAACGUGACCAAAAAGUGCGAUGCAUUGAACUCGGAACAGGCACCGGACUCGUAGGCAUCGUUCUCGCACACCUUGGGGCUGAAGUGGUCCUAUGCGGAUGAAAGUCCUUUCACUUUCUUGUCCGAUAAUAAUAUUAUAUUUUUAUUAAAGCGACGAGUUCUGUAUAGGUUUUCCGAAGUCUUUCUGUACAGGAAUGCCGUUCUCUCGUGCGGUAGGGCUUCCUCCGAGAGCUCCUGCUCAUUUUCAUCAUUUGCAAAGUUGCUUCAGGUGGUGGUUUCAAUCUACAACGAACGCAUGCGUUUGCAUGCUCGUUCCGCCCGGCGCCUUUGCAAGCACAGGAGCGCACGCGCAUCAAAUGACAUGAAGACAUAACUCGCGUCAACAGUACUGAGACUGAGUAUAAUAUUUCUGCGUUUGUCCGGCGCAAGAUAAAUAAUGUUUAGCUGUCCACCUAGACACUUCAACUGAAGAAAACGUAUACAGCCGCCAUCGCGGUUGCGGGCUCAGUCACAAAUUGCAAAUAGAAAACAAGAAUGUGAUUUUUUGCAUUUCCAUAAGAGCUCACCGAUCAGACGUUGGAUUUGGCGCGAGAAAACAUCGAGCUCCAACCAGAAAAGGCGCGUGCGCGGUUGAACGCGCGGGAAUUGGUAUAAAAAUACAUAAAUAUCUAUACUGAUAUCAAAUGAUGAGUUGGACUUUGAAAAGUUGGAUUUCUCUAAAAGAUGAAGAUGAUGCAACGUAUGUUGGCAAAUACUUGUUCAUAUUCGAGCAAAAAGGACGAUGGGGGAGGGUUAAGUUCACGUAUGUUUAAUAACGAAUUCGAGCGGUCCGCGGUCUUUUAUAAUGUGCAAGUAUUCCCAAUCCCAGCGUUGCGGCAAUGUUGGCAAAUGGAAAUGCAAAAACGUAAAGGAGCACCCAUACAGUUAGAGUUAGAGCCGUUUUGUUCUCAAUCUGCAGGACUCUCGGUCUCGCUCAUUUUUACUUUUAUUUGCCCAUCUUUUUUACAGUAUACUCACCCUUUUUCGCCCGUCGCAGAAAUAGGUAUUGAAAUACGUAUUGAAAUAAACAUAAAGAGGGUUGCGCGGACAUCUGGUUAUUUGAUAACAAGAAGUUGUGAGGACCGGGGCGGGGGAAAAUUGCUACUUUUAGCUAAGCUUUGCCCCCCGCCCAGAGAAUGAUGCAUGGUGACCAACCCGCCCUUGAAAUUGAAUCUAACUCUGAGUGCAAUUGCAUAGCAGUGUUGCAUCUACUUCUACAUCUACACUACACAGGUUUGGGGGGAAACCGCUCUGGACCCGGUCCGGGACCGACAUGGGUACGAUCUGGUCGUAGCUUCGGACGUCAUUUGCCACCAGGGAAAGGAAGUGAUGCAGGUUUUGGUGGCGACGAUAUCCAGCCUGCUCUCGCGUUCGUCGGAAGCCCGAGCUCUGGUGGCGUACGAGUUUCGAGAUGACUGGUGGACCUGCUCCACAUUUUGCGAUCUCUGCGCCGCGCAGGGCCUGCAGCUCACCUCCCUGUCGCUAGAACCGGACGACGAAGAUAGUGAUUUCAUUCUCUACGUGCUGCGGCACGACACAUCAGAUGCCAAGCAGGGAGCCGAGUGACCUGGAUGACGAAAAUCAGAAUCAAAACUGUGAGCUCGCUUUUUCAUUCGAAAAGCAGUACUGCUACGCACGAGAAUAUCAAAAAUAACGAAGAUAGAAACGCAAAAAAAGCACGCAGCGCGUCGAUCCUGACGCUGACUCUUACUGGAUCACCAGCCACAGACCGAAUGCGUGAACAAAAUUUGGUUUCUUCUUUCACGCUGGUAUUGUAAAUUUGG